UUUUUUUUCAGUUACUUAAUGUGAACCUUGGUUACCUAGUAUGACCCAGUACACCAGAUUACCCUCAGAAGAACCCGAGGUUCCGGCCUACGAUGCUGAUGAUAGAACCGCCGGGUCGUCGAGAAUAAACACUGAUAAUGCAAACAAUGACGAUAAAACUGAAAAUGAAAACCAGUUCGUUGCCCUACCUCCUCCAUAUGGAGACAACUCAGAUCUGCCCACAUAUGAGGAAGUAGAACGAAUCAAACGCGACGAGGAGGAUAGGGACAGCGAGAAUCCCUACUCGGCCCUGUUAAAUGGAUCUAUGACAGCAAAUCUGUUCAGCUCCGAGAUGGAAGUCGGAUCAGACUCAAUAUUCCUCCUCACAUUUCUGAGUUAG